AUGGUCAUCACCAUCAUCACCACCGCCAUCGUCAUGGUCAUCACCACCACGGGCACCAUCAUCACCAUGGUCACCAUCACCACGGGCAUCAUCACCAUGGUCAUCAUCACCAUGGUCACCAUCAUCACGGCCACAGACAUGGCAGCAGUAGCAGCGGCAGCAGCGAAUACAGCAGCGGAAGCAGUGGAAGCGACUACUCUAGCGGCAGCGGAAGCAGUGGAAGCAGCUACUCAAGCGGCAGUGACAGCAGCUAUUCCAGCGGCAGCGGAAGCAGUGGCAGCUACAGUUCUGGUGAUAACAUCCAUUGUCCUUGCACACGAGCAUCACCGUCGUCAUCGUCACCACAGACAUCGUCACCACCGCCACCAUCACCACAAACGUCAUCACCACCAUCAUCAUCAUCACCACUACCACAGCAGCGGCAGUAAGGGCAGCAGUGGCAGCAGUGGUAGCAGCAGCAGCGAGAGCGAGAGUGAGAGCGAGAGUAGCAGCAGCAGCGAGGAGAUCAUUGUCCACCAUCAUCACUCUUCUCCACCCUCUUCCUCAUCUUCUUCCGGUUCAUCAUCUGAGUCGUCUUGUGGAUGCGGUGGGUCUUCAGAAUCUUCCGAGUCGUCAUCAGAGGACUACCCGGUCCCUCUCCCCAUUCCCAUCUCCCAAGGCGGCAGCAGUAGUGGCAGUCACUCCAACUUCCUUCCCAUCGUUCUGACAACAGCUGGAUAA